ACUUUCCAAAUGAAGCUGUAUUUCUUAUAAUACCCACUAACACAUUGAUCAGUGUCAGUAUCAAAUGCCACAGGCACGCAGACCAAUUAACGUUUUAUUCCGAAUACACUACAACAAAUGCAAAUUCAAAAGCAAUGUGUCAGCACAAAUGAACGGGCACAUCUCAUUCCAUCCGCCAUUUUAACUGUGGAAACAACCAAAACGAUUGAAUCACAGUAAGCAACGCAGUGAUUCCAACAUAUUCUGUGAUCAAAAUAAAUGUUGAAUGUAGUUUUUCGCUAAAAAAAGUAUAUUUUCCAAGUGAAAACCAAAUUAUUGCAUCGUCUAAAGUGAAAGAAGAAUUUCGUAUUAUUUUACUGUCGGAUUUUGAACACAAACAAGGAAAAUGUCAUAUUCGCAACCAGAAGAUGUCGGCAGUCAAAGCAAAAAUGCAAUCGAUCAGUCACUUUUGGUUCCUGGUUCACCAUCAAAAAUGGAAUUCGAUGAUCUGAAUAAUGACUGCUUUGAAGCUAUUUUGGACCGGAUGGAUGUCAAUGAACUCCUCCAAAUGGCUGAUACCUGCACACGCAUGAAUCAUUUGGCAAAGUCGUUAUUCGCACGCAAAUACACCAACAAGUUGGUUAAGUUGUAUGUCAACGAUAAAACUGCGGUGAACAACCGUAAAGAAUCAACGUCGGAAAAAAUGAUUGUAACAUCAGUGGUGAUGUUACUAAAAUUGCUGCGCAAUUUUGGUGCAAUGGUUUCAAAGCUGCACAUUAACUUUGAUCAUAAAAUCAUUCCGAUGCUUGAACGCUACAUAACCACCUACUGUGGCGAUGCAUUGAAAGAGAUUCGUUUGUUUUGCUGCAAAAAAAAUGCGUUCGAUACAAUCGAAAAGCCGUUCAACGGUGUCGAAAUCGUUUAUUUCUGUUGCAGCGUUUUUGGUGGAACAAUCAGCCAGUUCAACAUUUGGUUUCCAAAAUUGCGUCAUUUGAAUUUGCAUCGCAAUGUCCUCAAAAGUUAUGAAGAACAUCCGUUCAUGCAUGAUGAAGUGCUUGAUGUUUUCGUCACCAAUUCAGAAACGGCAAUGAUCACGAACCCAAAACACCAAACUCUUAGUUUUGGUUAUGCUUGUUCACCGGAAAUUCUGAAAGCGGUUAACACCCAGUUGCCAGAGCUAGAACGCCUGGAAAUACACGUCAAUGCUGAUAGAGAAGGAGUUAUGGGCGAAAUGGUACAGCUUUUGGUGAGUAACGAGAAAAUCCGAUUCACCACAGUCAAACAGGCUUCAGUGACAUUUCAUCGGUUCCAAUAUUUCUUCGGUGAUGAUGCAUUUCCAUUGCCACUUGCAUUCGAUCAACUUGAAGAACUUGAAAUUGAUUGUGAUUUUUUGAUGGCACCGUUUCUUGAAUUUGUCGUUGAAAAUGAUUUGAAAAAAUUGAAAUUGAAUGCCAAUUUGAGCAUGUUCGGUGGCUACAGUUGGUUUUUUGCUGUUAUAAAGAAAUAUUGGCAAACAGUGGAAGACCUUGAAUUGGAACUAAUGGAUAUUUCGGUGGAUGCAGUGAUGGAUUUCGUAGAAGACAUGUCAAAUUUGAAAAAACUCAAUGGAAUUGAAUUCGAAUCGACGGCAUUGGGAGUUCUGCGCUCGAAGCUGAUGGAAGAAGGCCAAAUCGAUACACAACGCGGUUUGAUGAACCGAGUUUUCGAAGGAAAAUGCAUUGAUUAAAAUAUCGGUCCUCAAAAAAUUAAUAUUUUUUUCAUAAGUUUAACGUCGACAAAAUAUUCAUU